AUGUCCAAUCUUUACACACAUCAGAGAUCUCACACAGGAGAAAAGCCAUAUGCCUGUUCUGAGUGCGGGAAAUGUUUUUUUCAGAUGUCCAGUCUUUACACACAUCAGAGAUCUCACACGGGGGAGAAGCCGUAUUCUUGUCCUGAGUGCGGGAAAUGUUUUUCAGUGAAGUCUAUUCUUCAUAAACAUCAGAGAUUCACACGGGGGGAGAAGCCGUAUUCCUGUCCUGAGUGUGGGAAAUGUUUUUCAGUGAAGGCCUAUCUUUCACACGCAUCAGAGAUUCACACAGGGGAAAAGCCAUAUUCCUGUCCUGAGUGUGGGAAAUGUUUUUCACAGAACUCCAAUCUUUACAGACAUCAGAGGUUUCACACACGGGGAGAAGCCACUUUCCUGUACUGA